AUGGCGCUCACAGACAAGCCCCCCAGGAACACCUUUGUCAGGGUGGCUCGGAAGCUCUAUCAUCCCAUCGGAUUCUCCAAGGGCUACAAUGCGGCUCUCUGGUUCAUUUUCAGCGGCGCAUUGUUCGGGUUCGUCCUCGCACGGUUUCCCAGCGUCAACGUCUUGGGUGUCUUUUGCAACCCAGAAGCUCCCAGCGGUGCCCAAGCAGCGCCGGGGGAAUGCUACUACUACUUGCAAGACUACUAUGGUACCGGCAUGACCUUGCAUCUCGUCGGCAUCUUCUCGGCCUCGAUAUUCGCCCUCGUACAGUUUGUGCCAGUCAUUCGCCACAAAUACAUCAUGGUGCAUCGAAUCAGCGGUUAUGCGUCCAUUCUUCUCUCUUUUGUCGGCGUCGCCGGGGCCAUCAUGACUGCUCCCGCGUCCUUUGGCGGCUCUCUGGAGAUACAAGCGGCUGCCGGCUUCCUGGGCAUUAUCUUUGUCGGCUCAAUCGUCAUGGCGUACAUAAACAUAAAGAGGCUGCAGAUCGAGCAGCAUAGGAUGUGGAUGCUGCGUGCCUGGUUCUAUGCAACCUCCAUCAUAACGCUGCGAAUAAUCUUCAUCAUCGCCGCCACCAUCAUUUCUAGCCGCGGGCCAUAUUUCUCCAGCAUCCCCUGCGCACAAAUCGUGUUCACGAUAGGCGAGGACUUGACCCGAGCGGAGUACCCAUCAUGUCAGCCGUAUUUCUCCGGCGAGGAUCCGAGCGCUCACGCCACAGUGCGCGCGAGCCUGACCUCACCGACCAACGCCUCCGAGGUCGGCGCGGCAUUCAACGUGAGCUUCGGCAUGGCUGCGUGGGUGGCGUUCGCCAUCCACAUCUUGGGCGUGGAGAUCUAUAUCAAACUCACCCCGGCCGAACAUGAGCGCCUCCGUCAAAUAUCGUACGAGCGUCAGCGCAAGGCGGGCUUCCGCAACCCUGGCCGCGCGGGACUCACAGUUGAUCGCUUCGGAGACUCUGAGCGCUGGGUCCCCGUUCCCAAGUGUGGUGAUGAUGAACUCGCGCAUCCCCUGCGGAGCCAUUUGGGGCCGUGA